GACUGUGUUGAAAUGUAGUUAUUGUUGCAUUCACAACCGACAAAUACAGAUAUUUAAGUUAAUAAAAAAUUAAGUUAUGGCAGACAGCAAGGAUACUGGCACCGACUCUAAGUUUUCUUAUAAGUCCUAUCUUAAUAGUGCUGAUACCAAAGAAUUAAAGGGGUUUCUUGAAAAGCGUCUAAUUGACUGCGGAUGGAGAAAGGAUAUUGAAGAAAUGAUACGGAAGAAAAUGAUGGAAGGUGAUUCAGCAAAUAUUUCACGCGAAGAGCUUGCCAAGAGUAUCAUACCGAAUGCUCGCGCUAUGGUGCCAAAUGAGGUACGCGAGGAAAUGAUGUUACGCGUGCGUGAAGUCCUGGAAGCUCCAGUGGCAGCCCCUAACGACAAGGAACAGAAUUCCGAUGGAGGAAUCGUUUAGCACAAGUUCUUCUAGUUCAAAUUAAAAAUGUCUAACAUAAAAAAACAUAGUUUAAAUUCUAGCACAUUUGCUGUGAUUUAUUAACGUGUAAUUAAGUAAUUGUUUAUGUACAUAUGCUUACGCCUGCUAAUGCUAAUUACGAAUUGCGCCAUUAGUUGUACAAAUGUAUGUAAUAAAUAAACAACUUAGUUAUAUAUAUA